ACGACUAGACGUCACCGGCUACUAGAGCUGCUGAACCCGCCAUGGACGCCCGGUCCUCAUCCUCGCCGUCGCCGCUGCGCAUCGUCAUCUCGCCGUGGCUCGCGUUCGGCCACCUACUCCCGUACCUGGAGCUCGCCGAGCGGCUGGCUUCGCGGGGCCACCGCGUCUCUUACGUCUCCACCCCGCGCAACAUCGCCCGCCUCCCGCCGCUGCGCCCCGCCACGGCGCCCCGCGUCGACCUCGUUGCUCUCCCGCUCCCGCGCGUCGAAGGUCUCCCUGAUGGCGCCGAGUCCAGCCACGACGUCCCCGACGAUAUGCGGGAGCUCCACCUUAAGGCCUUCGACGGCCUCGCCGCACCCUUCGCGGAAUUCCUGGCCGCCGCGUGCGCCGACGAGGCCACGAGGCCUCACUGGAUCGUCGCCGACGCCUUCCACCAUUGGGCCGCCGCCUCCGCCCUCGACCACAAGGUGCCAUUCGCGCUGCUUCUGCCUGAAAACAUGUUAGGUUACCAUUCUCGCCACGGUGCAUUUCUCGCCACGGUGCCGCGCCCGCCGCCGGAGCACGCCGAUUCUGCCGUCGCCUCUGUGUUUGAACAGGCUGCCGCGGCCGCGCACGCUGUUCCACGUUACGAGCGGGAGGAGACGGCGACGUUCCUCACCAGCCAUGGGGCGGCGUCGUCCGGUAUGUCCAAUCUCCAGCGCUGCCUCUUGACGCAGGAGAGGUGCACACUCACGGCCAUGCGGAGCUGUGUCGAGUGGGAGCCCGAGUCCUUCCCGCUGGUGGCCACGCUCCUCGGCAAGCCGGUGGUGCCCCUCGGCCUUCUGCCGCCGUCGCCCGACGGAGGCCGCCGCACCAACGGAUCAAAGCACGCCACCGUGCGGUGGCUGGACGCGCAGCCGCCGGGGUCAGUGGUAUACGUGGCCAUGGGGAGCGAGGUGCCGCUGCGCGUGGAUCAGGUGCACGAGCUGGCCCUCGGGCUGGAGCUCGCCGGGACGCGCUUCCUCUGGGCACUCAGGAAGCCUCGAGGUGCCGGCGUCCUGGACGACACGGACGUGCUUCCUCCCGGUUUCCAAGAGCGAACCCGCGGCCAUGGGCUAGUGAGCAUGGGGUGGGUGCCCCAGAUGAGCAUACUGGCGCACGCCGCCGUCGGAGGGUUCCUCACACACUGCGGCCGGAACUCGCUCGUCGAAGGCCUCCUGUUCGGUCACCCUCUCGUCAUGCUGCCCAUCUAUGGGGACCAAGGGCCCAACGCGCGGCAAAUGGAGGCGAAGAAGGUCGGGUUGCAAGUGGCCAGGGACGAGAACGAUGGCUCGUUCGACCGCCAUGGCGUCGCGAGCGCGGUCCAGGCCGUCAUGGUUGAGGGAGAGGCCAGGAGGGGCUUCGUAGCUGGCGCAGCCAAGAUGCAGCAAGUUGUAGCCAAUAAGGAACUCCAAGAAGGGUACGUCGACCAAUUUGUACAUCAGCUUAGAUCUUACUACACCGUUGGUGGCGAUUUCACUACUCCCUCCCUGCCCACCUUCACCUCUAGCUGAGAUCACUUCAUGACUGUCAAUAAGAAGGAAAUAUCCUGUGUAUGAACUGAAUAUUUUCCAAACACAUCUUUUUCAAGAUUUUAAGAUUC